AUGGAGGGCCUGGUCCUCAGUGUCUACACAGGCCCAGGAUUAAAUCGGGCAAGGGUUUCAAAGCGCCCCCUGGAUGUUGUGACUAAGACAUUAGGUAGGGCGGUGGCGGCUGAGAUGAGGCUGCAGUGGCGCCAGGAGAAAAGUGGGAGGCCCCACACCACCCUCUACUUCCGGGUCAACCGGAAGUACUGCCUGGUUGGCACCAGGCUUUCCAGCUUCCGGUCGCGUGGUGCUUGGCAGGGAGGCCGUGUGCCCGAGGGUCCUGUCUCGGGCGCCCGCCUGCCCGAGAGCCCAGAGGCGCGGGCCCUGCGGCGCCGGCUGCGGAGCUUCGUGCUGCCCACGGCCGCCUGCCAGGAGGACGAGGACAUCUUCCCCUACAAGAUCCUCUUCCAAGACCUUGACCGCAACGGGGACGGGGUGGUGGACAUCACGGAGCUCCGCGAAGGGCUGAAAAACUGGAGCUCCACGUUUGGCCUGCAGUCGGAGAAGGACAUUUUUAAAGCUGGAGAUACCAAUGCUGAUUCAGGAUUGGACUUCCAAGAAUUUUUGCAAUACCUUAAAGACCAUGAGAAAAAAAUGAGGCUGGCAUUUAAGAGUCUGGACUUAAAUAAUGAUGGAGUAAUAGAAACUUCAGAAAUAAUCACUGCUUUGAAGUCACUGGGUGUAGAUAUUUCUGAAGCUCAGGCAAAAAAUAUUCUCCAAAGCAUGGACAGUGAUGGAACAAUGACAGUAGACUGGGAUGAAUGGAAGUACUACUUUUUACUUCAUCCCGCAAAAAGUAUCGAUGAAAUUGCUGGCUUCUGGAAGCGUUCUACUAUAAUUGACAUAGGGGAGAGCAUAGCUAUUCCAGAUGACUUUACUGUGGAAGAAAAGAGUUCUGGACAUUGGCGGCGGCAUUUGGUGGUAGGAGGAAUAGCUAGCGCCGUUUCAAGAACGUGCACGGCACCUUUUGACCGCUUGAGAGUCAUGAUGCAGGUUCAUAGUUUAGAGCCAACGAGAAUGAAGUUAAUUGGUGGGUUUGAGCAGAUGAUAAAAGAAGGAGGAAUUCGUUCUCUUUGGCGAGGAAAUAGUGCAAAUGUUUUUAAAAUUGCACCUGAGACGGUCAUCAAGAUCGGGGCCUAUGAACAGUAUAAGAAAUGGCUUAGUUUUGAUGGUGCUAAAACAGGAAUUAUUCAGAGAUUUGUAUCUGGUUCAUUGGCUGGUGUAACUGCUCAGACCUGUAUUUACCCCAUGGAGGUAAUAAAGACCAGACUCACUGUAGGUAAAACUGGACAGUACUCAGGGAUUAUUGACUGUGGCAAGAAGCUUCUGAAACAAGAAGGUGUUAGAACCUUUUUCAAAGGCUAUAUCCCUAACUUGCUAAGCAUUAUACCUUAUGCAGGCACAGACCUUACUGUUUUUGAGCUUUUGAAGAACUAUUGGCUCGAACAUUAUGCAGGAAACUCUGUAGACCCCGGCUUAAUGAUUUUGCUGGGAUGUAGCACGCUGUCGCACACCAGUGGUCAGAUAGCCAGCUUCCCUCUGACCCUUCUUAGAACACGCAUGCAGGCUCAAGCACAGAAGGAAAAAACAACAACUAUGAUUCAUCUCAUUCAAGAUAUAUAUUACAAAGAAGGAAAAAUGGGCUUUUUCAGGGGCCUCACUCCAAAUAUCAUAAAAGUGCUGCCUGCAAUAUUCAUAAGCUGUGUGGCCUAUGAAAUACUGAAAGGACCGUUUGGAUUAACGAAGAAGUAA